AUGACGGUACCGUACCAGUCCCGCUGCGGUAAGAAGGGCCCGUCCCAGCCGCACGCCUGCGGUACGGCGAGCCUCGAGCCUCCCGAGGUCGGGUUGUCCGUUACAGCCCGUACAGUCGGUACCCUCGCACCUGCCAGAUUGCAUGGCUGCGUCUGCACAGCUGCAUGGCUGUUGCUGCGCUGCUGCACUGCUGCUGGCCUCGAAUGGGUCUGUGCUAGUUCGUCCAUCCAUCUCGGUCCUUCCCUCUUUUGGCCUCGCUAUUCAGUCGACAUCCGUGGUCCACCACCGCCCCGCAAAUCCCUUGACUUCAUACUCGAUGAUCUACCCCCUCCUGCCCCUGAAUUCCUUCCAGGCGUUGCGGGGACUGCUGCCGCGUCCGGGACCGAGGCUCUUCGUCGUGCACCCGAUGCUAUACAUACCCUAUCCUGUUACACAGAUCCACGGUUGAUCAUAGGCGACGCGCAAAGCAAAAAAUAA